AUGCAAACCCUUAAGUCUGCAAUCAUAUUUUUCAUUUUUUCGACCAUCAUUUUCUGUAAGCCAAUCUUCAGGAAUGGAAAAGCUGCUCACAACAAGCUGCUUGUGAUCUCUUUUGAUGGAUUUCGUUGGAAUUAUGAUCAAGAUGUUGAUACUCCACUUCUAGAUUACUUGGCAGAAAUUGGUGUAAAGGCAAAAUAUAUCACCCCACCUUUUGUGACAAUGACAUCGCCAUCUCACUUCACCACAAUCACUGGUCGCUGGAUUGAAGAUCACGGUGUUAUCCACAAUUUGAUGUUUAAUCCUGAAACCCUUCAGAAAAUUAGCUUCAAAAAAACCCAAAAUAUGUCAGAAUGGUGGGAUAAUGGCGCACUUCCGCUAUGGAUCACUGCACAGAAUCAGGGCUUGAUGGCUGGUUCUCUUCACUUCCCAGGAGGGAACGCUAACUACAGUGGUAAAACGAUCAGUAAAGCACUGGCAGAGACACCUGACCACCCUGACAGUGACGAGAACGAGUGGAGAGAUAACAUAGAUAUUGUCAUGAAAUGGUUCAAUGAAGAUGGUUUGGACUUUGUAACCCUCUACUAUGGAGAACCUGAUAAAACCGGUCACAUAUAUGGCCCAGAAACUGAACAGAGAAAAACAAUUAUUAAACAAAUUGAUAGAACUAUUAGUUAUCUCUUAGAAGCAAUUGAAAAAAACAAGCUCAAAGAUAAACUGAAUGUCAUCAUUACAUCUGAUCAUGGCAUGACCACUGUAAAGAAAGCACCUGCUGUAACAGAAAUUCGGCUGUCAAAUUAUAUUAACUUCAGUGACACAGUGAAAUUUGAUAUUCUAGACUAUGGUGGUUUUGGAAUGAUUACACCCAAAGAGGGCAAGGAAGAAGAACUAUAUCAGGUUCUUAAAGAUGCACACCCUCAUUUAAAGGCAUAUAAGAAGCAAGAAUUUCCUGAGCGUCUCCAUUAUUCCAAACAUGACAGAGUUUUGCCAAUUUUGCUUUAUGGAGAUCUGGGCUAUAGUGUAAAUGGGCGAGUAAUAUUAUAUGUUAAUAAAGGAGAUCACGGAUUUGACAACAAUGAAAUGGACAUGAAGAUGAUAUUUCGUGCCUUUGGGCCAGAUUUUAAAAAGAAUUACACUGCAGAACCAUUUGAUAGCAUCCACAUAUACCCACUUAUGUGCAAACUCUUGGGUGUCAUUCCAGAGCCACACAAUGGCUCUAUUGCGGUUACUCAAGAUAUGAUUUUUACUGCUGUUGCAGAAGAGCCAGGAGAGACCAAUGACAACAAAGAAAUGAGUGAUGCAAUCUCUGUGGCAAUGAUUGUGCUGUCUUCAGUAAGUGGAGUGCUCCUGUUAAUUUUCCUAUUUUAUGUGCCAUACGCAGUUGUGAAGAGAAAGAAAUGGGCGAAGAAAGAAAAAAGAGAGGAAGGACGUGAAGAGGACAUUAAUGAAAACAAACAACCACAGACGUCACUAUAG